UACCUUAUGAAUGUCCCAACUAAACACACAAAAAACACAAAUUUUGUGCCCAAAAUUACAAGUGUUUUUUUAUAUUUCUGUUAUUAUCAGAAAUGGAGCAGAAACAAGGCAAAAUCAUCAAUAAUAAUAACAAUUUGGAAGAUGGAGUUGUUAUAAUUCAUAGUCAAGUUCGAAAAAUAAGACAAGAAAUGGAGAAAAUUAAGUAUCCAGCUCUGCAACAACCGGAGUUCACCGGAAAACAGCAGCAGCAACGAUCCAGAUCGCCGCUUGGAUUAGCUCAUAGGCCUAUUUCGGUUGGAAGUUAAUUUUACUUUUAAUUUCCGCUAAAUCGAAGGUCGUGAUGAAAUGAUUACGAUUCAUCCACCUUUAAUCAGAAAUCUCGAAUCUCGAGAAGUCAAUAGUUUUUUUCUUCUGCUAUAGAUUUGUAUAUAUACAGAGAUGCAGAUCCCCUGUUUCUCUGUUUUCAGAUUUUGCAGUAAUAGAUUAAUGUUUCGUAAUUUAAUUGGUGUGUUUUGAUGACUCGAUUAAUUUGAAUUUAUAUUGAAAAUUUUGUUUUAAAGUUAAAA